AUGCCUCUACGCAGCCGCGGUGAGCGUAGGGCCCUGGUGGUGAGGCAGCGCGGGUUGAACGCAGCACAAGACCGUAUUCGACAUGAAAGGACAGUAGGUGACCAAAUCGCCAACGACUACACGCCGCAAGAACAAGAACGAAUCAGGCGGCUUCUCAGUGAGUUGCCUCCGGAUAUGACGGUCUACCAUAAGAAGAAAGGCAUCAACAUGCGGUUUUCGAGCUUAGGAGACAGCGGCGGCCUGCACGCCAAGACCGUUCUAGAAGCUGAGGUGGCCAGUGAUGAGACCGAGGACAGCAUGCGAGAGCUCGACAUGUGCUUCGGUCGAAUGGCAAUGCCAUCGACUAUUCCCAAUUCUGCAUUGAUCGAAAUCACACGAGUCGUGGAGAUCAUCAUCCAUCUGAAGGGCACGCUCAAAUUUGUUUCUCACCUGUUAGUCAAGUUCGAAGGCUACCACAACCCCAUUGCGAUUGCAUAUCCCGAUUCGGCGUGCACAAUCACUCAGGAAGAUAAUUGUGCUCUGGAACCUGACAAUAACGGCGUUAUCGAAACGAUGAUUGCGAUGGAUUCGUGGACUGAUGAAGAGGGCAAGGCGCCGAAACCCUGGUGUCGACUAUUGGUCUUUGACCUUAACCUUCUCAGAGACACUCGCAGAAUCGCUUACCAGUUUGACAUCGUUGUUGUCAAAAAGGGCAAUCCUAACGCAUACUCCAUGAACACACAGGUAUAUCAACGAGAUCUCGCCGGACCCAUCCCGAUGAUCAGAAGCAGAAUGCAGAAUGGUGGCGUAGGACUACGGCCCAUGGGCGUCGCAGUCGAGUUCGACAAAGGUUUUCUCCAUGCGGAUAUCGCAAACGCCCCUAAGAAGAAGACACCAUUCAUGCCCAUUCCCCACGGUCCCAAUGACAGGGCACUGUCGGCACGUGGAUCCGGGUUCAACAGGCUGACACAGAUUUCCACGCCCGUCACCCCUACAACCCUGACCAUGUUAUCAUCAUACGGCGGGCAGUCUCAGCAGUCAGCUGGGGAGAUUGCGCGGAAGCUUCCUAGCCUUCCAGUCGGCGGUCCAGGCGGUGAUCCAGGUGGUGAUGGCGACACCGAGAGCGAAGACAACGAUGGCCAGAACGAUGACGAUGACGACGCCGGAGAUGGAGGCUUCUGCAACCCCUCCGGCGGAUCUGAGGAUAACACGCUGGAUGGCCGUCAGUCAUCAGCAAGUCUGGGUCCAUUCCAAUUCGACGACGACAACGGCGGCGGGAACACUCCGGGGAGCUCGACCUCUGGAAUAGACGACUUCGGUGACCGUGCAGCAACUCAAGAAAGGAUCGUGCGCAGUCUUAACGCCGCGUCACCUCGUCACAGUUCCAACAACCAGAUCCUUCCCACCAAUGAGGACGAGACCGAGGCGCAGCGAGAAACAGCCAGCUUUUCGAGUGACAUGGAGCGCGCUAGACAACUAAGCCUCAGAAUCGACCCACCGGACAACGUCAAGCAGGAGACGCAAGACGACAAUGAGCAUUCGAUGUUCGUGUCUCCCGAACCAAGCAGUCGUGCUGCAGGCCCCGCGACCUCCGCUCGGCCACCGCGCCUUUCUCAAUCUGCGAGCCACCUUGCUCAUUCGCCCAGCUUCGCCAAUUCCGACGUUCACUCCAUGCAACGACGACGAGCCCUCUCCCAUGCCUCAUCCAUCGAUCCGCCGCCGGGUACCUCCGCGGCAGCCACAGCUCACCCGGGAUCCUCAUCAGCGAAGCGACGGAGACUCGAGUCCACAACACAAUCGUCAUCUUCCGCUUCCCGCCACACCACUCCAGCCAGGAAUCCGACUCCCAGUCCACUUCUCCGUCAAGCUACAGAUACCGCGCGACGAGGUUCAAGCAUCCUUGCGCCGACGUUGCAUCCACGGAGGCGGAGCACUUCUGUCGCCGGAGGUCGAGUUUCCGUGGGUCCGAGAGGUAGUGUCAGCAGGAGCACCAGGCACGGUUCUUUCCAGGGUCCUGGGCAUAGACUUGGCGGAGCAUGA